AUGUUUUUUAUGUUUCGUGGAGAAGUAAUAGAAGAUAUUACUUAUCAAACUAUUUCAAAUUUCAAUAGAAAAUGUUAUGAACUACUUAAAAAAGGCAAUGCAACUAACGAAGAAAUAACUCGAGAGGUUAUAAAUUACACUAUUAAAAUGCAUGAAGAAGAUGGUUUCACAAACUUGAUAAAAUGUUCGGCGAUAGAAAAUACAAACAAACCUUCAAGUAAAGUUAAAGAAUCAGACUUCGAAAAAUCUAAAGAAACAUGGGAUAACAUAAUAAAAAAAAGUUCAGACUACAAAAAAUCUGAAGAAUUAUGGAAUAAUAUCCUAUCUUAUGAUUUUAAAGCAGCAAUGAAUGAGGUCGAUAUUUGUCACACGUUUUUAACUGAUUACGAAUUGAAAAGAUUUGAUAAAUUUAAAGACGACUUUAAAGAUUGUAAAGAAUGUAAAAAACUUUAUUUUCAUAUUAGUACAAAAAAAAUGGAGAACAAAUCUGACAAUUUGCAAGAAGCCUUAAAUUAUUUAAAUUCAACAAUGAAAAUAAUAAAAAUACGCGAUCAAGAAGGUUGGUGUUGUUAUGCAACAAAAGGUAGUGCUGGUUUUGAUUUACGUAGCAUUGAAAAAAAAAUGUUAAUGCCAUUUCAACGUGAUUUGUUUUCGACUGGCGUAUCUAUUAUUGAAAUGGAUUAUAGCUUGCAAGGUCAAAUUGCACCUAAAUCAGGUUUGGCUUGGCAUAACGGUAUAACAGUAUUAAAUGCUCCUGGUAUAAUUGAUGCUGAUUAUAAAGAUGAAAUUAAAGAUAUUCUUUUUAAUUCGUCAGGAGUACCUUUUAGUAUUGAACGAGGACAAGCUAUUGCUCAAAUGACUUUUGUACCCGUUUUUAAAGCUGAAAAAUUAAUUUGUAAAAGACUGAACGGUAAUAUUGAAAUGGAAUUUCAAUCAAUGAUAUCAGAAGAAGAAAGAACGGGCGGUUUUGGAUCUACUGGACAUUAA